CUCUGCAGGCGGCUCCGGUGCAGCUGAGCAUGGACGCCGGUUCCCGCAGCGCCCGGCUCCUGGCCAUCCUCCUCCUGCUGGGGCUGUGUGCCCUGACGGGGGCCCAGAAGCCCGCCGCCUGCCGGUGUUCACGCCAGGACCCCAAGAACCGGGUCAACUGCGGAUUCCCGGGCAUCACCAGCGACCAGUGCUUCACCUCGGGGUGCUGCUUCGACUCCCAAGUGCCUGGGGUCCCCUGGUGUUUCAAACCCCUCCCGGAACAAGAGUCUGAGGAGUGCGUCAUGGAGGUGUCCGCCCGCAAGAACUGUGGCUACCCGGGCAUCAGCCCCCAGGACUGCGCGGCACGCAAGUGCUGCUUCUCCGACACCAUCCCCGAGGUGCCCUGGUGCUUCUUCCCCAUGUCCGUGGAAGACUGUCAUUAUUAAGAGGCCAUGGCUUCAGAGAACCCACCAGGCUCCUGGAUGUUCUGAAACAAAAGAAGACUAUUCAUCAUCUUAUAAUUUCAGGUUUUGAGUUUCUGAAAUUCCUGGGUUUUCUUAAUCUGCUUCCCCCUCUGCCCUUUUCAAUGGUUUAACACAGAAUUUCUUCAAAUAAAGAAAACACUGAAAAUCUGCUAAA